UCUACUAGAAUCUAACAGUUAUGUCGAAACAUUCAUCAUAUUCUGACGAUCAAGGUCAAUCAUUUGGAAGAUUGUUUGGUCGUGAAAGGUCUUUGCAUAACAUCCUUGGAGGAGGAAAAGUUGCUGACAUACUUCUCUGGAAGAACACGAAAUUAUCAGCUGCAAUCCUAGCUGGAUUCACCACUAUAUGGCUUCUCUUUGAAGUUGCAGAGUACCAAUUGGUGACUCUUCUUUGUCACCUACUCAUCAUCACAAUGCUCAUUAUUUUCAUUUGGUCUAAAGCCGCAGGAUUGAUCGAUAGGAGUCCACCCAAUAUCCAAGAAAUUAGACUUUCAGAAUCGACAUGUAGACACUUGUUUACAAAUGUUAAUUGGUUCUUGUUCAAAUUCUACGAAAUUUCAAGUGGAAAAGACUUGAAACACUUCUUUCUGGCAGUCUCUUGUCUUUGGAUGUUGUCAGUUGCCGGAACUUAUUUCAGCUCUUUGAACCUUUCAUAUAUUGCCUUUCUCUGCAUACAAACACUACCUGUUUUGUAUGAGCGAUAUGAAAAGGAGGUGGAUUAUCUUGCUACCAAAGGGAACCAAGACGUGAAGAAAUGGUACAGGAAAUUUGAUUCCAAUGUUCUUAACAAGAUUCCAAGGGGACCAGUUAAAGAAAAGAAAUUCAAAUAAGUAUUGAAGCUGUGGGUUUGAAAAUAAUUUGUGGAUAGGGUGUGAAAGUUCUUAUGAAAAUCAUUAUGUCUAUAAAUAACUUUAUGUGAU